AUGGCCUUGGGAACAGAGGGCCCGUCCAAUGGCCCGAAACCGCCGAAACGCAAUCUCUUGGAUGACAGCGAUUCCGACUCUGAUGGAGGCGCUCAGUUAGAAAAAAGCGACUUAAAGGUUAAUGAAGAAUAUGCCCGUCGCUUCGAAUAUAACAAGAAGCGUGAAGAGAAGCACAAGCUGGAAGAGAAGUUCAAGAACAGUGGCAAGGGCCAGGAUGAUGAUGACGACGAAUCAUCAUCAUCAUCUAAUGAAACCGAAGACGAAGAUGGUUUCCUAGCCACCGAAGACUUGGACGCUCAGAUCUCUGCCACUCUACAUGCCAUUCGAAACAAGGACCCGCGGUUGUAUGACAAAAACUACAAGUUCAUAGACCUUCCCGAUGAGGACACGGUGGGGACCAAGGAAAAGAAAGAAAAGCCCGUGUUUCUUCGAGAUUAUCACCGAGAAAAGCUCCUACAAGGAGCUGCAGCUACCUCCGACGGCGAAGAGGACCCUGUUCCGCAAACCUACGCCGAGGAACAGGACGCCCUCAGGAAGAGUAUUGUAUCAGAGUUUAACACUGCUGGAGCAGUGGAUGACUCUGAUGACUCCGACUCCGAUGGUUUUAUGAAGAAGAAAGCACCCGCCGAAGUAGCAAAGACCGAAAAUGGCGUCCACCCUGCGCGAGCGGCUGCCCUGAAAAUUUCUGACCUGGACAUAGUCAAUGCUGAUAAGGACCCUGAAACAUACCUGUCCAACUUCUUGUCCGCCAGAGCCUGGAUACCAGAGGAAGGAGGACGCUGGAAAGCUUUCGAAUCAGAUGAAGGGGAGGAUGAUGAUCGAGCCGAUGAGUUCGAACAGGCCUACAACAUGCGAUUCGAGAACCCAGAAAAGAGCAACGAAGUCCUCCAAUCUUAUGCACGUGAUUUUGCUGCUGCGCGAUCGGUCAGAAGAGAGGAAAAGACCGGCAGACAGCGUCAAAGAGAAAUAGAGAAGCAGAAGAAGGAGGAGGAAAAGCGCCAGAGACGCGAAGACAAGGCCCGCUUGCGCAAGCUCAAGCUCGAAGAGACCGAGGAGAAACUCCGCAAGGUCAAGCAGGCAGCUGGUGCCGUUGGCAAGGAGUUAACGGAGCAGGAAUGGAUGAAGUUUCUUGACGAAGCAUGGGAAAAUGACAAGUGGGAGGAAGAAAUGCAGAAGCGAUUUGGCGACGACUAUUACGCUAUGGAAGAUAACGCCACUGCAGCAUCUGAUGGCGGGGACGACGAUAUCGAGAAAAAGAAGAAGAAGAAGCACGUCGAGAAGCCCAAGUGGGACGACGACAUUGACAUCAAAGACCUCAUCCCCGACUUUGAAGAUGAGGACCAAGCCAAGCUCCGCAUCAGUCUCAGCGACGAAGACGACGAAAACCAAGAUUCCGAUGGGCCUCCCUCUAAAAAGCGAAAAACAUCAGAACACAAGCGCGCCCGCCUCGAAUCCCAAAAGCAAGCCCGCAAAGAGCGUUUCAAGCUAGAAGCCCUCGUCGAUUCCAAACUUGAACUCGACAACCACGAGCUCCUUAGCUCCAACUCCGGAAUGACCUUUAGGUAUCGCGAAACGUCCCCGCAAUCAUUCGGAAUGACGGCUCGAGACAUCCUCCUCGCCCCUUCGGACAAGGAUCUGAACCAGUUUUUCGGCCUCAAGAAACUCGCGCCCUUUAGAGAUCCUGAGAAGAAACAUCGUGAUAAGAAGCGUCUUGGUAAGAAGGCACGUCUCAGAGAGUGGCGAAGAGGUACAUUUGGCAAGGAGUUUGAGAAGGAGGGGCCUACGUAUGGGUUUGAAAUGGUCAUGGAUGAGGAGGAUGUCAUAAUGGAUGGAGUACCUGGCAAGGCCGUUACGGGUGAGUCCGUACAUGUGGUUGGGGAUGUUGGCGCUAGAAAGAAGAAAAGAAAGAGAUCCAAGGGUAAGAAGAAGGGAGGUGCCGUGGAAGCCGAGUAA